UUGAGGUCAGAGAAAGACAGAGUCCCGAUAGUGAACGUGCUUGACGACAAGACAGUAACAAUUACCAAUUUAAAAGUGAGUGCCUCAGGCGCGGGUGACAGCAGAGAGCGCGUGCGCCGGUACCACGCCGACUAUACUUUCGACAGCGCUUGCGCGCCCACCAAUCCAGAAUAUGCCACUCAGGAAAAGGUUUUCGAGAGCAUUGGCCGUGACGUAAUGUCAUGUCUCUCACGUCUCUCCUCGGUCUGCGUGCUAGCGUAUGGACAGAGUGCCACAGGGAAGACUCACACGAUGAUGGGCACGGACUCGCAGCCAGGGUUAGUGCCGCGCCUCUGUAGGGAGCUGGCGUCUGUGGAGUGUGACGUCACCAUCAGUUUCCUGGAAAUCUACAACGAGCGCGUCCACGACUUGCUGGUUGGCGAGGAUCCACCACUGACCUUCAACUCUUUGCCGCGGCGGCGUGGCAACGCGCGUAAGGACCUGCGCGUCCGCGAGCACCCCACGAGAGGACCUUACGUACAGAACUUACGCCGUGUAGCCGUAACCAACGUCGAGGCGCUGCUCGCGCUAGUGGCGGAAGGCUGCCGCCGGCGGCGCACAGCUGCGACACGCCGGAACUCCUCCUCUUCGAGGUCUCAUGCUCUGCUGGAGCUGAGCACGCCCAAGGCAACCUUGCAUCUAGCUGAUCUUGCUGGAAGUGAAAAAGCCAGCUGGGAGGGUGUCGGAGGAGGACGCCAAAAAGAAGGUGCCAAUAUUAACAAGUCCCUCGUGGCUCUAAGCAACGUCAUAUCUGCAUUAGUGAGCGGUAGCAGCGGCCGUGGACGGUUUGUUCCCUACCGGGAUUCUGCUCUUACUUGGCUUCUAAAAGAUUGCUUCACGGGAGGCGCCUGCACUUUUAUAAUAGCAACGGUUUCUCCGAGUGUAGCCUGCUACGGCGAGUCGGCUUCCACCCUCCGCUGGACGUCUCGCGCGCGUCAACUGCCUCCCCCGCGCACCGCCCCGUCCGCACAGGCCUGCAUACAGGCUCACUACAACAACUUACUUGCUGAGCUUUGUCGGCAUCAUAUAAGAUACGUCCCAGAAACUGAAGGACUAGUUUAUGAAGACUCUCAUUGGGAUUUAAAGCCAAAAAAUGUAGAAAUUGUAGAUGAGAACAUAGCUGAAAUAGGGAACUUUAUGGAUAUGUUGCAACAGAAGACUGAUACCGAACCAAAAUCUGUGGCUUCAGCACACACUAGUUCGGAUGUGCUGAACGCCGCAGAUGAAAAUGUAAACAUAGCUAACGAAAUCAACAAGGAGGUAGAUAAAUUACUUGUGCCAGCGCUAGAAAGGACAAGGAGUGAACUAGAAAUUGUAGCACCACUCCGACAUAAAAGACGACAUUAUAGGUCUCAAGAAGUGCUGUCUAUCGACAAGACUCUACACGAACCAAUUCCUGUUCAAACUCAUGAGCGAAUUCGUGUAAAUGCUGGUAAAACUCAUGUUCCUAUUUUAUACGAUAAUCAAAGAGCAGAAAUUGUGGCAUCGGUUACUGAACGGUUGUAUUCGAAACUGAAAAAGAAAGAAGAAGCGGCUGUGGCCAAAGUGGAAUCAAUGGUAGACAAAAAGAUUGUAGAGCCACUAAGUGAACUAAAAAUUUGUACCAACGCGAGGCAGCGUUUAAUGGAAUUAAGUCAGAAAGCGUUAAGAAAUAAGAGAAGGAUCGGCAUACCAGCCCAUACACAAACACGACGGACUGUUAUUCGAGUAAAAGACCAAUGUAUUGAUGUGCAGACUGACUUGGAAUCAUAUUGUGAUAAAAAUAAACACUCAUUAGUUGCUUGUCGGGAUGCUAGCACCGAAACUAAACCUAUAACACCUCGAUGUAAAGAAAUUGCUAUCGGUCCAAAAUGCGGUUCCUUGCGCUCUUAUGAUAAAUCAACAGUUACUGAAGCCAGGCAAGUUGUUCUAAAAAGUACUUUUGUGAUGACUGACGAUGCGGUGCGAUUUGAUAGAUAUACACAAACUAGAGUCUUACCGCCUCCAAGGCGCAAACGCUCAAUAAAAGCCAGUGUUAGUGAAGUUAGUGAUACAAAUAAAGUAGACGAAUGUAUAUCUGUGCCCAUUAUCAGCAUAAAUAUAUCUCAGAGAUACGCAGAGUCAGAAUCUCAAAGUUCCGAUGAAAACUCAGAUUUAUCUAAUAAUGGCACUCCUGAUAGAGCAAGUAGUGUUGGAAUCACUCCCGAUCUCCUAACUAAUCAUAGCAAUGUAGAAUCAGCAACUAAAGGAUAUAAGGAACCAAUUACAUAUCAAGUUGGUAGUAGUCAAGUUCCCUGUAUAGUUAGCCAUAUGAAAGUAACCAAAGGUGACGAUACUUUAAAUCCAUCAAAUUAUAGCACUGAAGAUUUCCCAGAUGCGGAAAACUGUGAAUUGCCCCGUGUAUCCGUAAACUGCUCGAGCAAAGUAAGUCAGAAUGAAAUGAAAGAUAUAAUAUUAGGCCGUAAUGAUGACAUAUAUCCAUUCAAUAUCAUACUUUCACCACCUCGAGAAAACAAUACAAAAAGGAUCGUGAAGUUUAAAGAAAAUAUAUUAACUCCUCCAGGACAAGAUGAUAAAACGAGUAAAUUGUUAGAAGAUAACGAAAACCAAUGCUUCCAUGAUGAUACGAAUUCUCAGAUAGACUCAACUAAAAGGAAUGAUCCUGAAAAACACGACAAUACUAUAAAUUAUAAUUCUAAUAUUAUAAAUACAGAAAUAGAUAACGAUGGUGCUUCUCACGCAUGCACUUCUUCCGACUCCGUAGACUCUGGUAAAGUAGAUUCAGAUUCGUUUAUUUGGCAGCAAGGUGGCUCUGAUCAUAUAGACUAUAAACCAUAUAAUAUAACAAAUCAUCAGUACACACCCGUAUACAAAAACCAAUCAAAAUAUAGAACUGCUAAAUCCCGCAUUUACAGAGAAAUUUUAGGAUUAGACAAAGAACAAUCUGAGAAAGAUAACCGUUAUUACGAAUCAUUAAACUGGGAUUGCAGCUCUAGUGAAAGCAAUCAUACUAAUAACACACGAUAUAAAUUUUUACAAAGCAAAAAAUUCUUUGAAGACCAGAACAAAAAAUAUAACAGACAAAGCGAUACUUACGAUCACCUCGAAAAACAAAUACUUGAUUCGUGUAACAGUUUAGAAAUUUCUGCCGAUAAGUACAAUAGGUAUUUGGUGCAAUAUCGCAGGAAUUCUACAGGAUACUCGAACGAAAGGACCCCAAAGAAAUAUUUGCAACAUUUAGUGCAAUUAAGGAGAGAAGUAGUGAAAGCUGAUAGCGACACUACUGACAGUCAAAACUAAUUUGAUUAAGUAACUUCAAAUUGGAAAUCGUCUUAUUUAGUAAUAAUUGUAUUUCAUGCACUAAUAAUGUAAACAUUUCCCUUCUUAUAGACAAAGGUUAUGAAGUAAGUAAAUUAAGAGUCCCCGGCAAGCUUGGUUUUCCAUACAAACGUAGUUACGCCACAGGGCGGACACGCCAUACAUCAAAACUCGCUUGCGUUUAUAUGUGUGAACGGCACGUUUGUACACGCGUCUUUGUGUGCGUAAGCUGCUUAGGGCUGCCACUUAGAUGUUUUUGAAUUCACGGAGCGUUGUCGUAAAACUCUUAUGUAAAUAUCUAACUAAGGAAUAGAUAUAUGUUUGUUCCUUAAUUAAAGAAACCAUUUUUAAGUUCGCAAAAUUUACAUUAUGCGGUUCUAUUCUUCCCAUUUAUGCCCGUCAUAUUUAUGAAAAUACAGCGCAGCGUUCAUAUUUUCAAUCAUGGUUUGUUCCUCGGAUUAUUUGCACAAAAUGUGAAAGAAAAGUACAUGAUGUAUUUGCAGGACAAUGCUCUUAAUUGAAAACUUAAAAGUGCAACAUUUAAUUAAUUUAUCUAUUUCGAACACUAUUAAAGUUUCAAAUACAACACACACACAGCCCUCGUGCGGCGCUGACAUACGGCGAAGGCGGAGCCGAAUAUUCUCGAGGCCUGCCGAAAUGACACGAGCGGGCCGCAGACGGCCGUGCACACGCAGGAUAACCCGACCGAAACGUAAACAAACGAAAUUGUAUGGGCAAUCUACCGUUCACCAAGCAAUUGGUCCUUGGUCGAUUUAUAAUCUUACACUCAACUGUAUCUACUUUGAAAGCGGAAUUAUUAUAAAUAGGUAUUUGCAUUAUUGUUUUUAUUAAUUUAAACGAUUAUAUAUAAAUAUUAUAUUUUUUUAGACAUGAUAAAAGUGUAACAAAAAACAAAAUAUUUACGAAGGAAUAAUAUCUAUGUACCUACCUAUAGGUAGUUGAAUGUUAGCUAACAUUCACAAGUUCAACGAACAGGUUGUUAAAAUCGGUAGGUAGGUACUAGGUAGGUACCUAUCUAAAUAUUAUUACACCUUUUACACUUUGUUAUAUUGACGUACAUUUGGGUUUUCGACAAAUUGUAGUUUAAAUGAAUGUGAUUGUAGCAAACGCGUUAUUUGAUGUAUUAUCAGUAUUAUAUAGGUACCUACAUGUAAGGUACACUACACGUAGGUAUAAGUAUUAUUAAGUACAUAUUUAAAAAAAAACUUCUUUGUUUCCUACCUCGCACAAUACAUCGGCAUUUUGAAUGUCCCGUCAUCGCGUGACCGCGUCGCUAAUCGAACUGAGCGGCCGGCGAAAAGCCAGCAAUCUGGUGUCGCGGGGCGAGGUAAUUCGAGUUGGGGCGUGGCGGUGCGUGGCCGUUCUGUAUGAUAAUACUAUUACUUAUUCUGUGCCAAAGUAAAUAAAUUGCGAGUUCAUGUAUUUAAUAUACAUCGUGUUUUUUUAAUUAUUUCCGUUAAUUUCAAGGGUGCAUUCCUGAGCUCAAAGACCCCGGUAAUCUACACCAUUUCGGAGAUCAUCAAUUGUUUCUGAUAAGGCCCCUACGAGCGUGUACAUUUGCCUUAGGGCCUGUUUACAUAUUUAUUAGUGUUUAGUACGAGUUCAUACAUUUGCUACUAAACUUAAGUACUAUGUCGGACGAUCGAUCUUCGAAAUGACAUUGGUAUGUCACAGAUUUCAAUUGUUUUGUUGAGUUAAAUGUAAUGCUCGUGUUACAACAACGCUAUAUGCAACAUUUAAUUACUUUUUAUAAAAUAAAAUAAA